CCCUCGGGGGCGUGGCCGCGGGCGGGCUUCCUGCGGCCGCCUUUGCGCUGACCCCCGGCAUGGCGGUGAUGGGGGUGCAGGUGGUGGUCACUCUGCUGGCCGCCAGCCUCAUGCAGAAGAUGGCCCCGCACUGCUCCUUCGCCCGCUGGCUGCUCUGCAAUGGCAGCCUGUACCGCUACAAGCACCCCUCAGACGAGGAGCUCUGCGCCCUGGCCGGGAAGCAGCGCCCCAAGAGCAAGAGGGACAGGAAGAUGAAUGGGAUGAUGGAGGACAAACCCCUGUCCGUGCCCCGGGACAUUAACCUCCAGCUGGACACCAGCCCCAUCACCGCCGUGGACGCUCUGGUGCUGCGCUAUUUCCUGGAGUACCAGUGGUUCGUGGAUUUCGCCGUCUACGCCGGUGCCGUGUACGUCUUCAGCGAGGGCUACUUCUGCCUGGUCAGCCCCACCAGGGAGACCAACCUCGGCGUGCUCUGGUGCCUGCUGACCAUCGUCUUCUCCGUCAAGGUUUUCUUCAUGGUGAUGCGGCAUUAUUUCCGCUCGGAGGAGGGCGGGGAGCGCUCCGUGUGCCUCACCUUCGCCUUCUUCUUCCUCCUCCUCGCCAUGGUGGCCCUGGUGGUCCGUGAAGACUACCUGGAGUUCGGCCUCGAGGCUGGGCUGGCCGGAGUCACCCAUAACCUGGAGACCAUCCUGAAGCCACGGGGCUGGGAGUGGACGCUGCCCCUGGCUAAGCUGGGCUUCAAGCUGGGGCUGGUGGCCCUGUGCUCCUUCCUGGGAGCCCUCCUGACCUUCCCGGGGCUGCGCCUGGCCCAGACCCACCUGGACGCCCUCAGGAUGGCAGCGGACAAGCCCCUGACCCAGGUCCUGCUGCACGUGGGGUUCGUGGCGCCCGUGCUGGUGGUGGUGAUGUGGGUCAGACCCCUCUCCCGGGAUUUCCUGCUCCAGGCCCCGCUGGGCAAGCGGACGGUGCAGAUCCUUUCCGACUCCUCCUUCGACACUGCCCGGCUCUGGGCCAUCGUGGUGCUGUCCCUGCUGCGCCUGCUGGGGACACGCCACCACCUCCAGGCCUACCUGGGGCUGGCCGAGCGCUGGGUACAGCGGAUGAGGAAGGAAGCCGGGCGCAUCCCGGCGCUGGAGAUCCAGCAGAAGAUCACCAGGAUCUACUGCUACGUGUCUGUGGUGAGCCUGCAGUACCUGGGGCCCAUCAUCCUCACCCUGCACUGCGUCCUGCUGCUGAAAACACUGGGUCACCACUCCUGGGGGCUGUACCCCGAGUCCCCCACCGCGUCCCCGGCAGCGCCGGUGGCCCCGCCACGCCCCGAGGGUGACGCCGGCGAGGACGUGCACGCGGUGGUGCAGGAGAUCUCGGGGGUCCUGGGCUGCAUCUUCACCCCCCCCUUCUUCCGAGGACUCUUCUCCUUCCUCACCUGGUGGGUGGCCGCCUGCCAGGUGGUCACCAGCCUCUUCGGCCUCUACUUCCACCAGUACCUGGCAGCGUCCUGACUGGGAGGGACUGGGAUGUGCUGGUCAGAGCCCGGCUGCUGGUCCCUCGCUGCUGCCUCAGCUGAUUGUCCUGCUUUGAGGACACUCGUGGGGACAUUGGUGCCACCAGGAUGGUUUUUGUGGCCGGGCCUGUCACCGCUGUGCCUGCUCUUGUCCUUCCAGCCCCUCAUGGGGACACUCCAGUGCUGCUUUUUCCUGGAGGGCAGCAGCUCCUGGUGCGCUGGGGACACGGUGGGGACAUCCGGCAGUGGCACCUGGACUCGCCAGCACAGACUUCGGGGUGUUCUCAGCUGAGGCUGAGGGGGUUUUUGUAGGGUCUCUGCACCUGGGCUUCACCGCCGCCCGUGCUCCGUGUGACUCCUCAGGCCCAGCAGCCCCGAGGGUGGCUGCUUCACAAUAAAGAAGUGACACCAGA